GAGGGGCAUUUGUAUGAGAUAGGCAGUUGAACCGCAGGCAGACACUGCAUGUGUUCACCGGUUGACCGUGGAGGAUUUCUUGUGUUCGUUGCUUCUCCGUACACCCAGCUUUAGGAUUUCAAGCUUGGCACUAACAGAAGCCUUCUGGGACUGAUCUAUGGUAUUAUUUUGUUCAGAAUGACUCUGAUUACUGAAGUGACACCCUUGAAUUGACAUGCUUUUCAAGCCUUUAAGGGAAGAUCCUUUGUGCAUGUCAAUCCUUUCUGGAACCGGUUUUAUUUCCUCUUGAGGGAUGUAACAUUAAACGGAUCAUAAACAAAGGCAUAAAAGGGCUGAGUGACCCAACUGUAGCUCUCACCUGGGGGAGGACCACCACUCCCUCAUUCCCAUCAUCCCUCACCCUAGAGCCCCCAGUCCAAAGGCAGCCAUGGCACCACGGAAACGCGGGGGUGGAGGGAGUGGCGCAUCUAUCUUCUUCUGCUGCAUUCAGAGCAAUGACCAUCCAGAGAUCACCUACCGUCUGCGGGAGGACUUCGCCCUGCAGACCAUGGAGCCCGCGCUGCCCAUCCCCAGCUAUGACGAGCUGGAUGCCAUGUUCUCAGAGCUUGUGGAUGAGUUGGACCUCACAGAGAAACACAGAGAGGCCAUGUUUGCCUUACCAGCAGAAAAGAAAUGGCAGAUAUACUGCAGCAAGAAGAAGGAACAAGAGGAGAAUAAAGGUGCUACUAGUUGGCCGGAGUACUACAUUGACCAGCUCAAUUCAAUGGCAGCUAGGAAGACUCUGUUGGCCUUGGAGAAGGAAGAAGAAGAGGAACGUAACAAGACAAUUGAAAGCCUUAAAACGGCUCUACGGACACAACCCAUGAGGUUUGUAACACGGUUCAUUGACAUGGACGGCCUGACAUGCAUCCUGAAUUUCUUGAAGAGUAUGGACUACGAGACCACAGAGUCUCAGAUCCACACGUCGCUCAUCGGUUGCAUCAAAGCCCUGAUGAACAACUCGCAGGGUCGUGCCCAUGUGCUCUCACAUUCUGAGAGCAUCAACAUCAUCGCCCAGAGUCUGGCCACUGAGAACAUCAAGACCAAAGUGGCGGUGCUGGAGAUCAUGGGUGCUGUGUGUUUAGUGCCUGGAGGACACAAGAAGAUUCUGGAGGCCAUGCUGCACUACCAGAAGUUCUCCUGUGAACGGACACGAUUUCAGACAUUGCUGAAUGAUCUGGACAAGAGUACAGGGCGGUACAGGGACGAGGUCAGCCUGAAGACAGCCAUUAUGUCCUUCAUUAACGCUGUGCUAAGUCAAGGAGCUGGUGAAACCAGUCUUGAGUUCCGGGUUCAUUUGCGAUACGAGUUCCUCAUGUUGGGAAUUCAGCCCAUCAUUGACAAACUCAGGUCACAUGAAAACUCUACUUUAGACAGGCACUUGGAUUACUUUGAAAUGCUUAGAAACGAUGAUGAGCUAACUCUAUCCAGACGCUUUGAGUCUAUCCAUAUAGACACAAAGAGUGCCACACAAGUUUUUGAACUCGUACGGAAGAAGCUGGCCCACACAGAUGCAUACCCGCACUUCAUGUCUAUUCUGCACCAUUGCCUGCUAAUGCCUCAUAAGAGAAGUGGGAACACAGUGCAGUACUGGCUGCUUCUGGACCGCAUCGUCCAACAGAUGGUCCUGCAAAAUGACAAAGGUCAUGACCCCGAUGUCACCCCAUUAGAAAACUUCAAUGUAAAGAAUGUGGUUCGAAUGCUUGUCAACGAAAACGAGGUAAAACAGUGGAAGGAACAGGCGGAAAAAAUGCGAAAAGACCACCAUGAACUUCAACAAAAGAUGGAGAAGAAGGAGCGAGAGUGUGAUGCUAAAACACAGGAAAAGGAAGAGAUGAUGCAGACGCUCAACAAGAUGAAAGAAAAGUUAGAAAGAGAAAUGGGGGAACAUAAACUGGUCAAGCAGCAGGUGGCAGAACUGACUGCCAGACUGCAUGACCUCAGCACGAGACAAGUAGCCAGUGUUCCUGGAGGUCCUCCCAUCCCUGGGCCUCCAGGUGGACCUCUCCUUCCUCCUCCACCUCCACCAGGUGGCAUGAUACCUCCUCCACCACCUCCUCCACCAGGCAGUGCUAUGAUGCCUCCUCCACCACCACCCCCUGGCGGUCCCCCACCACUUCCUGGACGCCCUCCUUUUGGUGGGGCUCCACCUCCACCAGGAGCCCCUGUGGGACCAUCCCUGAAGAAGAAAAACAUUCCACAGCCGUCCAAUCCACUCAAGUCUUUCAACUGGGCCAAGCUAUCUGAGAGCAAGCUUGAAGGGACCAUAUGGUCAGACGUUGACGACUGCAGAGUUUUCAAAAUCCUAGACUUGGGGGACAUUGAGAAGACCUUCUCUGCCUAUCAGAGGCAACAGGACUUCUUUAUGGUCACUAACAGCAAGCAGAAAGAGACUGAGGAUGAUGCCCUGAGCUCCAAAAAAGUCAAAGAGCUCUCUGUCAUCGAUGGCCGACGGGCUCAGAACUGCAACAUCCUUCUUUCACGUUUAAAACUUUCCAAUGAGGAAAUAAAGAGAGCCAUUCUAACAAUGGAUGAACAGGAAGAUCUGCCUAAGGACAUGCUGGAGCAGAUGCUGAAGUUUGUCCCAGAGAAGAGUGAUGUGGACCUGUUAGAGGAGCACAAACAUGAACUGGACCGCAUGGCAAAGGCCGACCGCUUCCUCUAUGAAAUGAGCAGAAUAAACCAUUACCAGCAGAGGUUACAGUCAUUGUACUUCAAGAAGAAGUUUGCUGAGAGGAUUGCAGAGAUCAAACCUAAGGUUGAAGCACUGACCAAGGCAUCAAAAGAGGUGUUACACAGCAAGAAUCUCAAGCAGUUGCUGGAGGUGGUGCUGGCAUUUGGCAACUACAUGAACAAAGGUCAGAGAGGCAAUGCAUAUGGUUUCAAAAUCUCCUCACUCAACAAGAUUGCAGACACCAAGUCCAGCAUUGACAAGAAUAUCACUCUCCUACACUAUCUGAUCACCAUUCUGGAAAAGAAGUACUCUAAAGUCAUGCUCUUCCAAGAGGAACUGCAGAAUGUGCCGGAAGCUGCAAAAGUCAACAUGACUGAAUUGGAGAAGGAGAUCAAUAAUCUUCGUAGUGGCUUGAAGAAUGUUGAGAAUGAGUUAGAAUACCAGAAGAAGCUUCCUCAGGAGUAUGGAGAUAAGUUUGUGUCUGUGGUCAGCCAGUUCGUUACAGUGGCCAGUUUUAGCUUCUCUGAUGUAGAGGACUCCCUCAAUGAGGCCAAAGAACUGUUCUUAAAAGCAGUGAAGCACUUUGGUGAGGACUCUAAUAAGAUGCAGCCUGAUGAGUUCUUUGGGAUAUUCGACCAGUUCUUGCAGUCCUUUGCAGAGGCCCGUCAGGAGAAUGAGAAUGUGCGUCGACGCAAAGAGGAGGAAGAGCGCAGGGCACGGAUGGAGGCUCAGCUCAAGGAACAGCGGGAAAAAGAGAGGAAGGCUCGCAAGGCCAAAGAGAAUGGAGAGGACGACGGUGGCGAGUUUGAUGACCUGGUGUCUGCUCUGCGUUCUGGAGAGGUUUUCGAUAAAGAUCUGUCCAAGAUGAAGCGCAAUCGCAAACGCAUCAACAGCCAGACGUCAGACACUGGCCGGGAGCGUCCAAUUACCAAGCUUAACUUUUGAACAGUAGUCAACCAGACCAACCACCAAGCUUAAGUACUGAUAUGCAUAUUAUUGGGAUCCACUUCAUUACAACCAAACAACCGCCUUUUGGUGGUGAAUGUCUGCAGAAUACUCAUUAGUACCUCACCUCAGAUUAAACACUACACUCCCUGGGGUGAGAGAGAGAGAGCAUGUUUACCCAAAGACAGUUCAUUUUUCAUAAACCUUGUGUGACUGUAAUAUGGAACCUGUCUAAAUUCAGAGAGAAAGGACCCUCAAAAAUUAAGAAUGUGGUUGCCAAAUGAAACUAAUUUAACUAUAAAUUCCACUGAGCUUGUUGCCUUGGUGCUGGACAAAGACUGGGAUGAUAAACAGACAAAUCUUGCAGGUAGGCCAGAUAUUGCCAGGAUAUGAGUCAAGAGCCCACUUUCCUUUGUCAAUGUAGAGCAAACAGCAAAUGUUGUCAACCCCUUUUUUUCUUACAGUAAUAAUUAAUCAUCAAACUGACUUCAUCAUUACUUUGACACUUGACAUGCUGAAGUGUAAACCAUUUCCAAACUAUUCCAAUUCUUGCUUUUUUCUGAUUCAUUAAAGGUUAGAAUGGAUAGUUAUUUAAAAGAGGCUUAAUGACAAGUGAAAAAAGUUAAACAUUAUUAUAUAUAGGUCUGUGAAAACCUGUACAGCAACUGCACAACUUUGGGGUGGGGGUGGGUUGCCCCCUUUUUAUUGUUACAUAAAGAGUGUUUUUAAGGUAUAUUUCUGUCAUAAAUAACCAGUGCUAUGGGUUGCUUAUUUCAGAAAAGGCAUUUUAGAAGAUGACUGCAUUGUGAUAUCCGGUACAAGCUAAUUCGAAAUGACUUUUUAAAGGUGUGCCGCUGGUGCCCAUGUUGUCUUAAACACUGUGGAUGGUCAUUGUACAGAUUCUAUGCAGUUCCUGAUGUCAAGUGUUGGUCUCUCUGUUUGAGGACUUCUUCAUGUGAAAUGUAGUUAUAUUUAAAAUGAAUAAUGGCAAUACUCCUCCAUUUUGUUCUUCCUUCCUGACUGGAGUCUCUCCAGGUUUUUUUUUUUUUAUUUUAUUUUUUUUUAUCAGUAGCCUAGUUUUAUGGUGUGACAAAGUUUCCUUUUUUCAAUGUAAGAUACCUCCAUUGGACUUUUAUAAUUUAAGGAAAAUACAGCCUUCCAUUGUAAGAUUGUAAGA